GAUGUUUCCCGCCUGACUUCAGAAACGUCGGUGAUGUUCCCCCUAAGGAAGGCCAGCCUUCCCUCACCCACCAUGGAGGACUCGUUCUUUCCUCUGUCCUCGGGUUCUCCGCGGUCCCUCUCCUUUGGUCUUCCUUCAUCCUCACCGGAGAACGUUGACAGUGGAGGAGGGAUGGAGACGGAUCUUAUCCUGGCUGCAGAACUGGGCCAGGCCUUAUUGGAGAAGAACGAGGAGCUGGCAGCAUCUCUGGAGCAGAGGGAGAGGGACUUGGAGGCUGUACAGCAGGAGAAGCAUGUUCUACAGAGGAAGCUGGAGAUGAGGGAGCUGGAUUCUGGACAGAGGGAGGCGGAGCUGAUGACGGACCUCGCCGCAGUUCGAGCAGAGCUGAAGAAACACCUGAAUGAAGGGCGUGAGCGGCGGAAAGAUGAAACUGAGCAGAUGACUCAGCUAGCCUCCCAUAACCAGAGACUAGUGGAGCAGCUGGCUGAGGCUGUCACCCUGGAGCACUCCUUGAGGACGGAGCUGCGCUCCCUCAGAGAGGAGAUGGAGGAGUCCUCUUUCAGCCGGAACAUCAGCCUCACACAGUUAGAGAACUGGCAAGCAGAGAACAGGGUGCUGAAGGAGCGGCUGUCACACAUGGAGACGCAGCUGAAAUCAUGGCAGGAGGACAGCCAGAGGCUGCGCCUGGAGAGGGAUGGACUGAAGGAGCGAGUGCUGGAGCUGCAGAGCAGACUGAGCGACAAGGAGGCCGAGAUAGAGCAGGAGCAAGGGGUGGUGUUUGAAUUGCGCACCUUGAAUCGUUCUCUGCAAGAAAAAGCUCUGAGCCUGGGAGAGGACGGCGUUCUGGACAGUGCACACACACAACCUUUGUCUCUGCUCAGUGAAAUUCAGCAGUCACAGGCAAAAGAGGCUCUGCUGGCUCACUCCACUGUCCUGCAAGCAAGAGAUGAGGAAAUACAAGCCCUGAAAGAGAAGAUCCAGUCUCAACAGGAAGAACUGGAGAGUUUGAGGGAUGAGCUCAAGUCUUCCCAAGGCGGCCCUGAGAAGCCAAGUUACAGGUGAAAAUGUUACUAUAAACUAAAUGAUCACUAAAAGAUUGAUUUAUUCAAGGGGAGCAAACAUUUUGACUUGUGGGCCACAAAGGGUUCUAAAAUUUGACAGAAGCUGAUGUGGGGAGUGUUUUGGUAAUCAUAAGUUUAAG